GCCACCGCCGCCGACACCGCCGGUGCUGCCCUGCUCCUUCGCCCGAGACCGAUGGAGAACCACAUGCAUCCCGGUGCCGGUGGUGGUGGCUGGCGUGGCGGCGGCCAGCACGGGCGAGGGGGCGGGCGUGGCGGCGGCCAGCACGGGCGUGGGGGCGGGCGUGGCGACGCCCAGUGCGGGGGUCAUGGCCGCGGCAGGCAUCUCGUGGCCGCGCGGGCUGGCAAAUUCAAGCGGGCCGCCUUCUUGCCGUCGGAUCAUCUGAUUGUUGCUGCGGAAGCUGCUGUGACUAAUAUUCCUUACGAAGUACUGGAAAUGUUCCUCCCCGCGGCCAGCUCACACAUGAGGCGAACAUUUGUAAACUACAUCAGAUCUUUGACUCCAAUUCAGCAAAUGCAAGUACCUGGGGACACAAGGCUUUAUGAUCAGUCAUCAGUGGUUGCUCUCAACUCAACUGGUGCAUCUGUCGACUGGGUUGUGGAGCUACACAGGGCUGGGUUCUCACUGGAUGGUGUGAUGGGGGUAAAUGAUUUUGUUGUUGACCACAGAGGCCUUCUGAAAGGGAGCCAUGUCCUUAGGAAGAUGCUGAAGCCACUAGACGAUACCAGGAGGGACAGGGAUCUAGUCGCAUUAGCAGGUUCAAUUCAGGAUGGAAUUUAUCAUGGCAUAACUGAACUCCCCAGAGAUGUUGCUCAGUUAGUUCGGAGGCUGAAGCGAUUUAAAAGAGGUUAUCACCGACUGUACAGGAUGCAUGUUGCGACAAAAUCUGAAAUUGAGAAAUGUGCCAUGUUUGAGAGGUACUUUGUGCGGCUGGAGCAGAUCAGGCAGCGCUCACCUGGGACAUAUGCCAAAAUUAUAAAGAGGAUAGACUGUGGUCUAAAUUGGCUCAAAAGUUCGAUGCUGAAUUUGCAUGUUCACUCCGUGAUGCGGUUCAGGCCGGGGGGCAGUACAUUUGAGGCUAAGCUUCGUUCGUUUCUCAGUGUUGCAGCAGCUAAACGUGUUGAUGUGCCAGGGUUUCUUACAACAAGACGGAAUGGCCAGGCUCACCUUUCUAAAGACAACGCCAUGGACUUGGGGCAAGGAAAAGAGAUUGCUCUCAAAGCUGCCACAAGUGCAAUGAUCCAAGAAAACCCUUCCAUUGCAGUUAUGCUAGGUAAACGAGUUCAGAAUACGCCUGGAAGAGGAACAGCUAUAGACGCAAAAGAUGCUGCAUUCACUCCUGAGGUCGGCGGAUUAAUCGCGAAAGCAAUUUGUAACGCCUUGUCAAUUGGUUACAUUGCGGACAAGGUGGCAGCAAAAGCAGCAAAGGCUGCUGCAAAGAGAAUGGCGCUGUAUGUGCCUGUCCAAACAACGAACAAAGCAAUAAUAAAGCGGUCAAAGGCAAAUGCACAUAUAAUCGCCGCAAACGCUGCAAGAGCAGCUGCAGUGGCACAGGUUCUGAAGGAACAAAAGCCGCAUGGACCUUUGCAAACACGGCCAGUGCUGGAAAUGUUCACUCAAACACAAAUUGAACAUAUGUUUUAUGUGAUUGCUCCAGAUAUGCUCCAUUCACUACAACUUGCUUUGUUCCGUGAGGGAAUUCUCGAAGAUGGUCAUUGGCUUGAUGAGUCCAAGAUGAUCCUUCUACUGGAUCCGCCAUCAACCUAGCAGAUAAGGGUCUUUACGUAAGCCGGGUACAGUCGCAGGCUUGACGAGCCAAGAUGAUCCAUCUGCUGGAUCUUCCAUGAACAUAGCUGAUCAAGAUCUUUAGCCUAGCUAGUUCUAAGUUCUCUGGGGCUGGUAGUUCCAUCUCAUCUUAAUUCGACACUAUUUUCGUCUUCAUCGCCUGAGAGCAGUGCGUCGAUACAAUCGAGUUCUUAUUCUUACCCUUCAAAAGAUCGGGAAAGAUCAUUCUAGGCUCUUUUGCAAUUUGAGUUUUGGACGGGGCACCACUAGUAGUGGCAGCUGAGUUUGGUAGGUUGCUGUGUAUAUGGGGCUGGUGUAUUCUGACUGGCAGCUGAA